GCCUACGUCAAGAACAUCCUCAACGAGGAGCGCGCCGCCAAGCGCGCACGCGCACAGGCGGCGAAGGAAGGAUUCGAGCGGCUGCUGGAGGAGGUGCGGGCAACGCUGACGGCCGACACCAAGUGGUCCGACUUCGAGCGGACCGUGGAAGCCGACCCGCGGUUCAAGGCCAUGGGCGAGACCUCCGCCGAUCGUAAGGAGCGCCGGGCCCUCUUCGACGCUGCCGUCGCCCCGCUUCGCCAGGCCAAGGAGAAGGGCGCGCAGGAGGCGCACAGAGCCUUCUGGGAGCUGCUGGAGGAGACCCCCGACAUCGUCCCCGACUCCCGCUGGUCCAAGGUGAAGAGGUUGCUGGAGGGCGACCCGCGCUACGGGGCGGUGGGGUCGUCGCACGAGCGGGAGGAGCUGUUCGGCGAGUACCUGGGCUCGAUCUCCGAUGCGGUCCGCAAGCGGCAGCGGAUGGCGAGCGCCGAGGAGCGGCUCAAGGAGCGCGAGCGCGAGGUGCGCCGGCGGCGCGAAAAGGAGGAGCGCGAGAUGGACGAGCAGCGCUCCAAGGUGCGCUUCGAAGAGGCCGUCGCCCACUUCGAGGCCCUCCUCAGCGAACGCGUCAAGCACCACGACGCGUCGUGGAGGGAGAGCAAGCCGGCACUGUCGGGCGACCGACGCUACUCGAGCCCGCUGCUCACGUCGGAGCAGAAGGAGGCCCUCUUCCGCAAGCACCUCCAGAAGCUGAUGACCGAUCGGCUGGUGCAGUUCAAGGGGCUGCUGGCGGAGACGGAGAAGAUCCACAUGGCGAGCUCGUGGGAAGACGCCCGCGAACUGAUCCAGGACGAUCCCCGCUGGAGCCGCGUACCCGACGACUCAGAACGCAAGAAAUUGUUCUUGGAGCACGUGCGGGAGCUGCACGAGAGGGCGACGCAGGACUUUCUGAUGCUUCUGGACGAGACCAACAAGGAGACGAUGGCCAUAAGCGCCACGACCACCGUGGCCGACUGGCCCAAGAUCGAACACCUCGUCCGCGGCGACAAGCGGUACAGGACGUUCAGUGUGAGGCCAGAGGAGCGGGUGCGCUUGCUGGAGGCCUACAUUGCAGGCGACCGGCCCAAGACCGCCGAGGACAAGAGGGUCGCCUCUGCUUGA